AUGCUUAACGAUGACAACCUCGAAGCUAUCGAAGCUUUAAAACUUGUCAAGGCGCGGAACGGGGAAUUUACGUUGCCUGUCAAUAGCAUUAUUAUUACUCUUAUCGUCGACGUCGUAUUUAUCAUCAUUGCCACCAGCAUCAACAACGACAGCAAUAAUAACGUCGAUGACGAAGAUGACGAGAAUGACGAAGAUGACGAAGAUGACGAUGAUGACUAUGAUGACGAUGAUGACGAUGAUGACGUAGAUGACGACGACGCCGACGACGCCGACGACGACUAUGACGACGAUGACGACGAAACCACUUAA